AUUCACAGUGGAUAGCGCGGAGUAUAAUUAUCGAUGACCGAAUGUGGUGUGAAGAACAAUUGUUUAUCUCGGUGGAUUUUCCGUCGGUGGCCGGUGUUGGUUAAAACAGGACAUGACCUCAGAAUGUAUCUCAGUGGGAACAGCGAAAAUGUGACAAUCCGUUUCCGUGCUGAACCAGAACCCCCCCCCCCCCCCCCUGAGUUGAAGUUAUCGCGUUUCUCGCGAUAAGCAUGCCCAACACACACACACCUUUGGCAUGGUUGUUGAUUUUGUUACGAAAUGUUGAUAAAGAAGUUGGCCAUCGGAGAGAUGUUCGUGAGCAAGGAAGGCAGGAAAGAUAGGUUUAAAAUUGAUAAAACCGUUGAAUCACUCGUAUAAGAAUGAAAAGUUGCGUCCAACAUUCCUGCAAAGGCUUCAUUAUCAAUAAUUUCGCUGGUAUCUGUGAGAAACUGUUUGCCUAUCAAUAUCAUCCAUCCCUUUCUCUCAAUAAUUUGUAAUCCCACAUUGGAAAACUUCCUAGUGACAAAUAUUUUACUCGCACUUAGCAGAAGAUCAGAAAAAGAUUUUCGGGAGUCAAUCGAAAUUGAUUUGAUGUCUAGUGGACCGAUCGCCAUACCUUUUCUAUUCCGGCCAGUAGAACUUGAUGGCGAUCAACGGUGUUGGGCGAUCCGAACAGCCCCCAUCCUGAGCACAAUGAUUCAUGUUCUUAACACCGCCAAACCAAGUGUUUGUGCUGAUUGUUAGAAAUUUAUUCCUCUACUCUUGUACAUCCGCCUACCUCCCCCCCCCCCCCCCUGUAAAUCUCACGAGAUAACAGCGUGUGCGGGGGUUAGGGUUUGUGCCUCUUCUAAUAAUAACCAACGCCCAGCACUAAUACUGGAUCUAAUUAGAAAGAGCGAGUUUCCUUUUUGCGAGCGUUUCGGAUAUGGAUUUGAAGGGAGGCAAUAGAAGUUGAGAAUAUUGAUUUUUUUUCACACACACCCAAACGUAAACGGUCGUAAUAUUGUACCCCAUUCCUCCUACCAAAUGUAGCAAAUAGCAGCAGAUGGGGAGAAACAUUAGAACAGCGCGCCCUUCCCGCUUAUCGAAUGAGAAAAGGGAAAUUGUUUGAAGCUUAUUCGCUUCUUUUUUUAAAUCACAAUUGAUUCACGAUCUUCUCGCUCCUUGGACGGGGAGUGCAAAAACAAAAAAAAAAAUGGUUUCAAAAAUAAGCAACCUUCAAAAAUACAAGCGAGAAACAAAACGGAGGUGAAUAAAUAGACUUCUUCUCAGCACACACACGACGACGGUACGUGCGGUAUGGAACGCGUCACAUAAACAAUAUUUUUGCAGUAUUUAUGCUUGAUGACCACCACCACCACCACCACCACCACACUACCGAUGUGUGGUUCUUCUAGGGCCGUUGUUCACCUCCAGUAGAUCAUUGGGCCUAACCGCGCCUGUGUGCUGCCUACUUGCGAGUUUUCCUUGACUGGCCUGGCAUCGCGAUCAUACCCUUGCUCCGGUGUGUGUGUGUGUGUGGUCUUGCUUUUACUUCUUUCUCUAUUAAUAAACACGAACGAAGGCUGCUUUUCCCCCUUCGUUCGAGGAUGUGGCCCUCGGAGGGUGGUCGGUCACCUGUGUUGUCUCGACCGUCAACAAACCCUGCGGACCUUACGGAGACCACUACUACUUCAUCUCCUUCCCGUUUGACAAUGAGUUUACUCCUCCGCGAAGGCUGAAACGGCGGUGGGCGAUCACAUGAUCUUCCAUCCAUGUGCGUGCUACGGAAGCGAGGACAAAAUGGCCAAGUGUUCCUGAGGCAGACAGUUGGUGCGCGAGACUUGUAACCUCCUUGUGAAUCUUCCGGUUGAAUGAUUCCCGGGGCUGGAAACUGAAACACAUACGCACACACACACGCGGACGACGCGGACUCCCCCCCCCCCCAACGAGGCGACGACGAGUUCGAGCGAUCGAUACACACACACAGGCACACCGGCGCAGUAACCUGCAAUUGCAUCAUCUCCCCAUACCCUAACCGCAGAUCGCAGAACAGCAGCCACAGCAGCAAAAUGCCUGUCUUUCACACAAAAACCAUCGAGAGCAUCUUGGAGCCAGUGGCCCAACAGGUGUCUCGGUUGGUCAUACUUCACGAAGAAGCUGAAGAUGGCAACGCGAUGCCCGAUCUCGGCAAACCAGUGCAGGCCGUAUCGCUGGCGGUGACGAACCUGGUGCGCGUCGGGCGAGAGACCAUACAGAACUCGGACGACGAUAUACUGAAGCAGGACAUGCCCGCAUCGCUGACCCGAGUCGAAACGGCCGCACAGCUGCUGGAGGAAGCAUCGCUCAUGCUACGAUCCGAUCCAUUCUCCGGACCGGCUCGGAAGAAGCUGAUCGAGGGUUCGCGCGGCAUCCUCCAGGGCACGUCCUCACUGCUGCUCUGCUUCGACGAGUCCGAGGUGCGCAAGAUCGUGCGCGAGUGUAAGCGCGUGCUCGACUAUCUGGCCGUCUCGGAGGUGAUCGAUUCGAUGGAAGAUUUGGUGCAGUUCCUGAAGGAUCUGUCCCCGUGCCUGAGCAAGGUGACGCAUCAGGUGGGCGCCCGCGAGAAGGAACUCACGCAUCAGGUGCACAGCGAGAUUCUGGUGCGCUGUCUGGAGCAGCUGAAGAUCCUGGCGCCCAUUCUGAUCUGCAGCAUGAAGGUGUACAUUCUGAUCGCGGAACAGAGCGGCAAGGGUUCGGAAGAGGCGGCCGAGAACAGGAACUACCUUGCGUCGCGGAUGAGCGAGGAGCUGCAGGAAAUUAUUCGCGUGCUGCAGCUCACCACGUACGACGAGGAUCAGAGCGAGCUGGACAAUCUGACCGUGCUGAAGAAGAUCCACAACGCAAUCAACAACAAGCUGGAGGCGGCCAACGAAUGGUUGCGCAAUCCGUACGCGCUGCGGGGCGGCGUUGGCGAGAAAGCGUUGCGCCAGAUCGUGGAGAACGGGCUGAAGGUGGCCGACCGCUGCUUGCCGCAGGACUCGCACAUUCUGCGCAAGCUGGCCGGAGACAUCACGGCGAUGACAAACACGCUGUGUGAUCUGCGCCAGGAUGGCAAAGGCACCACACCGCAUGCGGACAACAUCGCGCGGGACAUCCGCGACAAGCUCGGCAGCCUGGAGCAGUCCGUGCUGAACGCGAUCAUGGGCGUGGACAAGGCGGGGCUUCAGCAGACGGCGCAUACGGUGCAGGGUCGGUUGGAGCAGGCCUGCCGUUGGUUGCAGAACCCGGCCCGUGACGAUCGCGGUUUGGGUGUGCGAGCGAUCGCGCUGAUCGUGGACGAGGGUCGACGUGUGGCGGACGGACUGGGUGGCCACCAGAAGGCGGAGAUGGGCCAGCUGUGCGACGAGGUCGAGCAGCUAGCGCACGACUUUUCGCAGCUGUGUGCCAACGGCUUGGGACACACGCCGCAGGCACAGGAGCUGGCCCGCCGAUUGAAUGAGAAGCUGCACGGGUUGAAGAAACAGAUCCAGGAUGCGGUUGUGAACCGUGUCGUGGAGGACUUUAUCGAUAUUUCCACUCCACUGAAGCAGUUCAUGGAAGCGGUGGCACAACCGGAAGGAACGCCGGGCCGUGAGCAGAACUUCAACCAGAAGUCGAACCGACUGCAGGCGUUCAGCAACCGUGCCUCGAAGACGAGCCGAAUGGUGGCGGCGGGCGGGUCGGGCGGCAACAAGAAGCUAGCGGAGGGGCUGCUCGCCUCCGCGAACCAGAUCGACAGUCUGACGCCUCAGCUCGUAUCGGCCGGCCGGAUCCGGAUGAACUAUCCGACGAGCAAAGCGGCCGAGGAGCAUUUGAACAAUCUGAAGCAGCAGUACGCCGAUACGAUCCUGCGUAUGCGCACGCUGUGCGACCAGGCGACGGAUCCGGCCGACUUUAUCGAGGCGUCCGAGAAGCAGAUGCAGAAACAUUCGAUCCUGUGCGACGAUGCGAUCCGCACCCGGCAGCCGCAGAAGAUGGUGGACAACACGUCGAGCGUGGCACGGCUCGCCAACCGCGUGCUGCUCGUGGCGAAGCAGGAAGCGGACAAUUCGGAGGAUCCGGAGUACAUCGGUCGGCUGAAUGGGGCGUCAGAUCAGCUGCAAGCCUCCAUCUCGCCGAUGGUGCAGGAAGCGAAGAACGUUUCGUCCAACAUAAACGAUCCGGUGGCCGCUUCGAACUGGCGUGAAGCUAACCGGGCGUUGCUGCAAAGCGUGCGGAACGUCCGCGGUGCGGUAACGCACGCACCGGCCGUACCGGAGAUGCCGGAUCUUUCGCAGCUGCAGUUGAACGAAGCUGUUCCGCCACCGCGGCCACCGCUGCCACGCGAGAAUGUGCCACCGAUGCGUCCGCCGCCGCCGGUUGCCGAAACGGACGACGAGGACGAUGUGUUCCAGGCGGGCAGCAUGCCGCACGCGAACCAACCGAUCCUGAUGGCGGCCCAUGGGCUGCACCAGGAGGUGCGCCAGUGGUCGUCGAAGGACAACGAAAUCAUUGCCGCCGCCAAGCGCAUGGCCGUGCUGAUGGCCCGACUGUCCGAGCUGGUGCGAGCGGACUCGAAGGGCAGCAAGCGGGAGCUGAUCGCGACGGCCAAGCAGAUCGCCGAAGCGUCGGAAGACGUGACGCGCCUGGCGAAACAGCUGGCCCGCCAGUGCACGGACAAGCGCAUCCGCACCAACCUGCUGCAGGUGUGCGAACGCAUCCCGACGAUCGGCACGCAGCUGAAGAUUCUGUCCACCGUGAAGGCCACCAUGCUGGGCGCGCAAGGUUCGGAGGAGGACCGCGAAGCGACGGAGAUGCUUGUCGGAAAUGCGCAGAAUCUCAUGCAGAGCGUAAAGGAAACGGUCCGUGCGGCGGAAGGUGCCAGCAUCAAGAUCCGGUCGGAUCAAACCAACCAACGGCUACGCUGGAUGAAUUCAACGGACGUAAUAGUGGGGAUUGUCUAGUUAGUGGGACAUCCGUGAUAAUAGUACAUGGUGCAACGGGAAGCAACAAACCAACACCAAGGCAAGCUAGUAAGCAACAUGAUGGUUCCUCUCAGCGAUGGCAGCAGCAGCAGCAGCAGCAGCAGCAGCAGCGGCAGAAUCGGAAUAUGUUCGUUGCAACCGUUGCAGCAAAGAAGAAACAAAGAAGUAAUUUCCUAACUCAAACCAGCACACGAAAGGAAGGAUAGAAUUGUUGUAACUAUUAACAAGUGCCUAUUUAUUGUUGUAAUACUGACGCAACACACCACACGCAAUUGCAUUCUAUGUUCUCUUUUUCUACCAAUUGUUUUUGUUUUCUCUUCGAUCUAUAGUGAGAAAAUAUAUUUUAAACCAUUACUA